ACACGGUGCGCGGACACACGGCUCUAUCUGUCCGCCAGAUUCACACGACAACACACAGCUCCGGUUAUUUGACUAAUUUAGAUCUCAGGAAGUUGCUAUUUGUGCUAUUUUGCUUUAUCAUAAAGCUAAUAUUUGGACGAGACAUUGGAAGAGAUGGAGAAGUAUGAGAAGAUCAGUAAGAUCGGCGAAGGCUCGUACGGCGUGGUGUUCAAGUGCAGGAGUAAAGACACCGGACAGAUCGUUGCCAUCAAGAAGUUUGUGGAGUCUGAGGAUGAUCCCAUCAUUAAGAAAAUAGCUCUCAGAGAAAUCCGCAUGCUGAAGCAACUGAAACAUCCAAACCUGGUGAAUCUGAUCGAGGUGUACAGAAGAAAGAGAAAACUGCACCUGGUGUUUGAGUACUGCGACCACACCGUCCUAAAUGAGCUGGACAGAUACCCAAGAGGCGUUCCAGAGCACAUGGUUAAAAGCAUCAUCUGGCAAACACUUCAGGCUGUGAACUUCUGCCACAAACAAAAUUGUAUCCACAGAGAUGUGAAGCCUGAAAAUAUUCUCAUCACCAAACAUCAGGUCAUCAAACUCUGUGACUUUGGCUUUGCCAGGAACCUCACGGGUCCAUGUGAUUAUUACACGGAUUAUGUAGCGACGCGGUGGUACCGAGCUCCAGAACUGCUAGUAGGAGACACGCAGUACGGCCCGCCAGUGGACGUCUGGGCAGUAGGCUGUGUGUUUGCAGAGCUGCUCUCUGGUGCCCCUUUAUGGCCAGGCAAAUCCGAUGUAGACCAGCUGUAUCUGAUCAGGAAAACUCUGGGCGAGUUGAUUCCUCGACACCAGCAGGUGUUCAGCACUAACCAGUUCUUCAGCGGAGUUUGUGUCCCUGAACCACAAGAGGUGGAGCCUCUUGAACUGAAGUACCCAAUUAUCUCGUACCAGGCGCUGAGCCUCAUGAAGGGUUGUCUGCGGAUGGACCCGGCUGAGAGGUUGUCCUGUGAGCAGUUACUGGAGCUGCCAUACUUUGACAGUCUGAGAGAAGAGAGCGAGAGUGUGACACGUGAACUGGACCGCAAGAGACGCACGCGCCAGCCACGCAAACACCUGCCUCCUGGGUAUCUGCCUCAGUUGGCCAGCAGUACUGUCUUCCCAGCUGUGGAAAACAGAAAAUACUACAACAACCUGCGUAAAUUCAACUAUCAUCUACCCAACAUAUGAUGGACGUCGACUCAUCAGGAACCCGAGACCCGACCGACCACCUCCCAGCUGGUGUGUGUGUGUGAGUGUGUGUGUGUGUGAGUGAGAUAGACAAAGGGCUCUGCUCUGCCUGUAGAACAAUGAUGUCACACUGCCAAAGCAGACUCACAGAGGCAUUUCUGUAAUAUGUAAAAUGACAACAGCAAUAAUAAUAGCGUUAAAACUGAAUGCUGUGCUUGAUAGUUUGAUUAGAAACUGACUGUGGGACAGAUUUUUUUAACCUCUAUGAUCCAGAUGUUUUACUUAAUUAUAAAUCCUAAUGAUGUUUGAAGUGUGUAUAUGUGACUAAAAUCAUUUCUAGAGACGUAACCAGACCCAGACAGAAUCAACAAACAUUUUUUUUCAGAUAAAAGACUGGAAUCUUGCAGUAUGGAUUUUAAAAAUCAGAAUUCUGAAUUGCUGAAAGCAUGAUCAAAUUAGCCAAAAUAUUUAAUAAAUGAAGUGUUUGGGGAUGUGUAGAACUUGUUUGAAAUGUGCAGAAAUCUUUCUGUGUGGGCCUGGAAAUAACCCUGCAUUUUUUAAACAUUUAUCACCCCAUUGUGGACAUCAUGAUCUUUUUGUUGCCUUUAGGAGCAGUGCUAAUAAUUGCGCCACUGAAUUGCACCAAAUGCCAAAUUCAAUGUGAUUUGCAAAUGUGUUUUUUGUGUUAAAAUAGAUGGAAAAUUAAAUAGUUUUUGUUUGUUUUCAGACUAAAUCAUUAAAGAUCUUUCUGCAACAUAUAUUUGUUUCUAUAGCUUCUUGAUAAGAAACGAAACAAGAAGUGUAUG